UUUGGGGGUGGCUGGGGAUGGAGAUGGGGGUGUGAGAGGGCUGAGAACGGGGACCUGGGGAAGCUCAGAUGGGAGUCCCGGGAAACUCAGAGUGUGGAAUUCUGGAAGACUCGGGGUGGGGAGUCUAAGGGGUUUGGGUAGGGAAGAAGGUUGGAGUUAGGCUCCGGACUAAAGGCCCAAGGUUGCUGCAGGGAAGGGGCGCUCGGGAGGAGAAGUGUGUAGGGGUCCAGAAUGGGGAGAUCCGAGGAGACUGAGGGUGGACCUUUCUUAGGAGAUGGAGGGCACGUGGGUGUUGAGAGUGGGGCACCCGAAAGGGUUUGAGGUGGGAGGAGGGUGUAUGGUGAUUUUGAAUAUUGUUAGAGAGCCAGACUCAUGGUUUCAAGUCUGAAGUUGUUAGGAUGGGGUCUCAAACUGUUUGAAGGGAUUUUAGGGGUGGGGCCCUGGAAGUCGUGGAGCUCUUGAGAAUGGCUCCCAGUGAGGUCAGAGGAUGUUCUCUGUGAGAAGCUUAAGGCAAAAAUGUGUGUAGUUUGAGAGGCCGUUGUGGAUGGAGUUUGGGGCAGCGGGGCAGCCUUCUGAGCGCUCAGUGUGUCCGGGUGGCUUUUGAGAUGCUGAGAAUUCGGGUUUUAGAAACCAAGACUGGGUGCAUGGAGUUGGUGUCGAUGGAGGAUGAGGACGCCAGGGUCCCAGCCCUGGAACCAUUCAGGGUGGAGCAGGAAGAGGAAGAGUAUUUGCUUCGACAGGACCUGCUGGGGCCUGUCAGAAAGAACCUUUCCCAGAAGACUUAGGGGAACCAAACUGAUUCUUAGCAAGGUCUUCAAUGCCCCAAAGCCAAAGUGGACCCAGCUCUCUGGGAGGAAGUUACAGAACUGGGGUGGGCUCCCCCAUCCCCGGGGGAUGGUUCCUGAGCGGCUGCCUCUGUGGCUCCAGCGCUACGUGGACAAAGUAUCUGACCUCAGCCUUUUUGGGGGUCUCCCAGCCAACCACGUCCUUGUGAACCAGUAUCUGCCUGGGGAGGGCAUCAUGCCCCACGAGGACGGGCCACUCUACUACCCGACCGUCAGCACCAUCAGCCUGGGCUCCCACACCAUGCUGGACCUCUACGAGCCGCGGCAGCCAAAGGACGAUGACCUUGCAGAGCAGCCCCGGUCCCCGCCCCGGCCAGCCACCUCGCUGCUGCUGGAACCGCGCAGCCUGCUGGUACUCCGUGGCACCGCCUAUACGCGCCUCCUCCAUGGCAUCGCAGCUGCCCGCGUAGACGCGCUGGACGCCGCCUCCCUGCCGCCCAACGCUGCCGCCUGCCCGUCCGCGCAGCCCGGAGCCAGCCUGGUCCGUGGCACGCGCGUCUCGCUGACCAUCCGCCGCGUGCCCCGCGUGCUGCGCACCAGCCUCCUACUGAGCAAGUGACUGGCGCGUCCCGCUUGCAUUCCUGGGCGCUCCGCCUGGGCCUGACAGCGUCCACCCUUUGACCUUGGAACCCUGGGGCAGAGGCGGCUCCCUCCCCUCCCCCGGACUCCUCCCCCACCCCCAGUAACUUUGUGGGAACUAUAGGAAGAGGUCCCAUUUCAAAUAAACCAACAAAAAUCUC